CUUAGCAUAACAGGGGGGAGCGAGAGACCGCACGCCCAGCCUGCCAGCAAGAGACAGAGAGAAGAAGGAGAGAGCUGCGUGUGACGGCGGGAGGGCAAGAUGAACCCGGAAUAUGAUUACCUGUUUAAGCUGCUGUUGAUCGGAGACUCGGGCGUGGGAAAGUCGUGUCUGCUGUUGCGGUUUGCGGACGACACCUACACGGAGAGUUACAUCUCUACCAUCGGGGUGGACUUUAAAAUCCGCACCAUCGAGCUUGAUAGCAAGACCAUCAAGCUGCAAAUUUGGGACACUGCGGGACAGGAGAGGUUCCGGACGAUCACAUCCUCGUACUACCGGGGAGCCCACGGCAUCAUCGUGGUGUACGACGUCACCGACAAGGAGUCGUUCAACAACGUUAAGCAAUGGCUCCACGAGAUUGACAGGUAUGCGUGUGAAAAUGUGAACAAGUUGCUGGUGGGGAACAAGAGCGAUCUCGAGGCUAAGCGCGCGGUCACCACGGAGGAAGCCAAGGCAUUCGCGGACACGCUCGGGAUCGAGUUCCUCGAGACUUCGGCAAAGAACGCCUCCAACGUUGAGAAGGCCUUCAUGAUGAUGGCCAGCCAGAUCAAGAGCCGCAUGAAGAGCCAGCCCACGGGGGCGCCCCGCGGCGGCACGAGGCUCACCGCCUCCACACAAGUCUCGGGGGCCGGGUCGGGCGGUGGUUGUUGCUGAUUGGUCGAGGCUUGCAGAGAGAGGCCAAUAAGAGAGAGAUCCGCUACCAAGGAGGUGCUGCUGGUGUUGGUGGUGGGUGAUGCGAUCGCGACCUGGUCCCGCAGACGCUAAUGAUUACUCCACAACAGACGGCCAGCGGCGAAGCAAGUAGGCUUUCUGUUUUUUUUCCCGCACCCCCCCCCCCCCCCCCCCCCCCGGGCCAC